GAAACCAGAGGGCAGCACAGGAUGCGAUCGCGCGACCCUGCCCGUGAGCAAUCUCUCAACUCAUCUCUGCUCAUCUAUGUCGAAAAGUCUCAGUAACAUCUGGUAACAUAAAAUUGAAGAAGUAGAAAAUGGCAUAUACUUGUGAUCCUUCUGUCGAAAGACAUUUUAAGGGUCAUAAAAAUGACAUUACUGGUUUGUCCUUUCAUCCAAGUUCAAACCAAAUUAUAUCAAGCAGUUUGGAUCGCACAAUAAUUGUGUGGAACUUUGGGGAUUCUACAAGGGCAUAUCGAUUUUCGGGACACAAAGAUCAAGUUCUAGAUGUAGCUUAUGCUCCAUCGGGAGAAGUAUUUGCCAGUGUGUCAAAUGAUCGCUCCAUUAGAAUAUGGGUACCUAAAAUUCGAGGGCACUCGUUAAAUUUUGGUUCCCAUAUGGGUGCAGUAAGAUCAGUUCGAUUUAGUCCUGAUGGCAAAAAGCUUAUAACGGCUUCCAAUGAUAAAAGUAUUAAAUUAUGGGUAUUAUCUCGAAAAAAAUUUCUUACGUCAUUCAUGGGCCACACAAACUGGGUCAAUACUGCAAAAUUUUCACCAGAUGGGAGAUUGGUUGUGUCUUGUAGUGAUGAUAAAAAAAUUAAAUUAUGGGAUACAGUCAGCGGUCGAAAUGUCAAGACAUUUCAUGAAGUAAAAGAGGCAGCUUCUGAUGUGGAAUUCCAUCCAAGUGGAGCUGCUAUUGGCACGGCAAACAUUGGAGGCAGCAUAAAAGUGUAUGAUUUGAGGACUGCUUGUUUAUAUCAACAUUACGAUUGCCACAAAGGACCUGUUAGUAAAAUUAGGUUUCAUCCUAAUGGAAACUUCAUGUUAACAGCUUCGUGGGAUUCAACAAUGAAGAUUCUUGACCUAUUAGAAGGUCGGCCAAUUUAUACACUGAAGGGACAUUCUGGACGAGUCACAGCAAUUCAAUUUUCUACAUGUGGUGAACAUUUUAUUUCCGGUGGAUCCGACAAACAAUUGUUCAUGUGGAAAUCUAAUUUUGAUAAAGAUGAUGUUAUCAGAAAAAUUCCACGAAGGCUAAUACCAUGUAAUGCGAAAUUGAAGUUAGAUAGUGAACUUUCUUCCGAAUCAACAAUUGACAAUGAUUUCAUUGGUCAACAAGAAAUUCACGAACAAGAUGAAUCUGAGUCUCUUUCAACAUAUAUUGACGAAUUGAGUAUUGAACGUUCACUUCAUGGAAGAACUUGUACUGGACCAUUUUCUGACAUGCCUCGCGAUGAAGUGGAUGCGGAGGUGAUCAAUAUGCGGAACAUGAGAAAUCCAGGCAGAGGUCGUGUGGCUACUCUUUCACUUUGUGAACAUGGAACUAGAUCUACGUACAAGAUCACCUAGUCAUAGUACCAUCGAGAUAUUUGAUAAUUGAAUAGAUACACUGAAUGACAUUGUGGCAACCAUAAAUAAACGUUUAUCUGUGCAACAAAAGGAGAUUAAAAAGUAAUUGUUAAA